AUGGCCCAAGCGUUCUACGUUCGGAAUCCUUAUCCCGUGCCGGAUAUCUCCCGGGAAGGAACCUGGAUAUCACGCGGACCCGUGUUGGGAGAUAAGGUCUCACCGUCGGAUAAAGACUGGAACGUCAAAUUGAGCGCUCACGAGCGUCUCUUCGCUCAUCACACCUUGAACAGCAUCCGCAGGGAUCGUCGACUCGUCAGACCGCAGGUUCCGACCGACGCUCUCGACUUGGCGCUAAAUAGCGUUUACGCUCACAGUCGAGAUACUCUAGUUUCGAAGAUGUACGUGACCAUUCAACCGGAAACACUCAGCAGAGAAACUUGGCGUGUUUUACGAAAUGAAAUUAAAAUUUUAUCAGAACCACCUAAACCAGAUAGACCAGUGCACGUGAGCGGUCAUUCCGACGAGGAACUUAAAUCGGUAGUUCGAACACCUUUAUCAGCGGACAAAUCGAGGUGUCAUAGCGGACCAACUUUACCGCGGAGAAUUCAUCCGAGCAGCGUGAAAUUAAAUAUCGAGGGUCCUCAUAUGGACCAAUCGAAUCCCGGAUACAGUCGCAAAAUCGACGGAACUUUUUACAGUAUUUAA